ACAACGAGUAAUUAGUUGAUUUGAUUACACAGACUAAAUUCACACACAUGAUUGUAGACAAUCCACUGUGCGUAAAACGCGCGCUCUGGGGUGGAGACUUCUUUGGAGAGGCAGGCUCACAGAGUGCAACAGCGCGACUGCCUGCAUCCACAGGUUGCUGCGCGGAUCCCUCCUCUCUGAGCGUCUUGGAAACACAGAACUGAGCGUACAGACACUCGUUGGAGAUGAACAGAGAAGUCCUUUAACGGCGCGUUUGGCUGAACGCGUUGGAUUGUACGGAUGCGUAUUUGCAAAAAUGACAAAUCCACAGUAAACGCGUCGACUAUUCCGCACCUGGACACUUGUAAUUGUGAUGCGCUGGACUUUUCAGAUGUAAAAGUCCUUGUUCAGGUGUCUCCAUAGGAUUGCGUUCUCUUUGGGAGCACCAUGCCACACGUCCCUCACUGCAACUGCACCGCGGCGACAACGGCAGCAUAAUGGCAUGUAGGAGCGGAUGCUGCUGCGGUUCGAGUCCAAUCAACGAGGACAACGCGAGGUUCCUGCUCCUGGCGCUGUUCAUUAUCAUCUAUCUCUUCUGUGGGGCCGCGGUUUUCUCCGCGCUGGAGCAGCCGAAGGAGCGAGAGGCGAAGGAGCGCUGGGCGCAGAGGUUCGAGCAUUUCAGCCUCAAGUACAACCUGAGUAAGGAGGACCUGAAGAAGUUCCUGAGGAACUACGAGGAGGCGAACGUGGCCGGGAUCCGCGUGGACACGAUCAGACCUCGGUGGGACUUCACGGGCGCCUUUUAUUUCGUGGGAACUGUGGUGUCAACCAUCGGGUUUGGGAUGACCACUCCUGCCACGGUUGGCGGUAAAGUCUUCCUGAUGUUCUACGGUCUGCUCGGCUGCGCAGCCACCAUCCUUUUCUUCAACCUCUUCCUGGAACGUGUCAUUACUGUCAUCGCCGUCGUGCUCAAGUCCUGCCACGAGCGACGCCAUAUCAAAGCCGUGCUCCCUCAGAACGGCAGGCAGGUCUCUGAGGAGAGCCGAGCUGUUGGAGGAAGUAGAGGGGGGAAAGGUGGGGACCUGGCUGGGUGGAAGCCUUCAGUCUACUGCGUCAUGCUCAUCCUUGGAGUGGCAGCCAUCUUGGUGUCGUGCUGCGCUUCGCUUAUGUUCUCUGCCGCGGAGGACUGGAGCUACUUGGACUCGCUCUACUACUGCUUUGUGGCUUUUAGCACCAUCGGUUUCGGGGAUAUGGUGAGCAGCCAGCGGGUCGCCUACGAGGGCCAUGCGACUGUGGCAUACAGGCUGGGCAACUUCUUCUUCAUCCUGACCGGCGUCUGCUGCAUCUACUCCCUCUUCAACGUCAUCUCCAUCGUCAUAAAACAGGUCCUUAACUGGCUGCUGAGGAGGCUGGAGGCCCCCUGCCGCUGCUGUUUCCCCAAGAGGGGUCACCACCCGCACAGACACCCUCGACGGAACGUGGUGGCCCCGGGUCACAUCCGAACCCGCAGGGACCCCUCGAUCGAGACAGACGCCAUGAAUGAGAGCGAGACCGACACUGGGCGCAGGAUGUCCGGCGAGAUGAUCUCCAUGAAGGACUUCUUAGCAGCCAAUAAGGUGAACCUGGCCAUUAUGCAGAAACAGCUAUCGGAGAUGGCCAUCGGUCACCCGCGCCAGUCCAGCUCCAGUUCACGGCAGAACGGAUUCUCUGGAGGAGUGGGUGCCCUUGGCAUCAUGAACAACCGGCUGGCAGAGACAAGCGUGGACAGAUAGGGGGUGAAGAGUGCACAUCUUCUUGUCAGAUGAUAAAAAAAAAAAGGCUGAGGGAAUGAGGUCAGUUUGACGCUGAACAGACGGUAAAGACAGAAUUCCUGAAGAGAGAUAGAGGAUGGGGGGCAGGGGGGGAACAAAUUGGGUAGCAGUCUGAAUUUAUGACUACAAAAUAUAUCCUUCACAUCGACAAGUAGUCUGUCCUCCAGCAGCUACAUCUCAGCCUACUUCCGUGUUACGAACAUGAC